UCUAAGGUUAGUUGAGGUUUGCGCGGAAUCGAGAUAAGUUCAGCUAUACUACGUUUCCGCGUUUUAAUCCAAACAAACGAUUGAAACAUGUUUUCGAUCGCCGGUGUUAUCAUCACCAUCACCGUCUGUUCGUUAUUUUCUGCUCAAACUGUGAACGGCCAAUAUGAAAGUGAGUGCCGCCUACCGAAUGGCCAAACCGGCCAAUGCAUGCCGGUUAGAUCAUGCAAACCCACCUUUGACAUCUUGAAUAGGGCCCUUUUGGAGAAGCGAAUGAUGACCCCACCUGAAAUUGUACAAUUGCAGUCCUUUUAUUGUGGAACCUUUUCCAAUGUGGUCCACGUUUGUUGCUCACCUUCUGAUUUACAACUUAAUCCCGAUGCCAUGGAGAUAUUAACUAAACAAAAAUGUGGCAUCAUAACUACCGACAAAGUAUCGUAUGGUGUGGAGGCAGCUCUAUUCGCUUUUCCUUGGAUGGCUCUCCUGCUUUAUAAUGACACAAGAAAUCCCCGCAUAUGCGGAGGUGCCUUGAUUAGCGAACAAUACGUACUAACAGCGGCGCAUUGUAUUCGUGACGAUUUAUAUCAAGUGCGUUUGGGUGAGCAUCGUAUUAGCACCGAAAAGGAUUGCAUACGGAAUGGCACGCUUUGUGCUCCACCUGUAGAAAAUGUCGGAAUAGAAGCCAUUAUAAAACACCAUAACUAUGCGAAGUUGUCACAUGACAUCGCUCUGCUAAGACUGGAUAGAAAAAUUGCACCACAAAUGCAUAUAAAGCCCAUCUGUUUACCCAUAUAUGAUGAUUUGAGAACACGGAGCCAUGAAUACUAUGUGAUAUCUGGAUGGGGUCGAACACACAAUGCUCCCAUGUCUGAUGUUUUAAUGGCAGCUUUGGUACCUCUGGUAGAACGUUCAGAAUGUCAAACAAUUUUGUCGCGAUAUAAACUUCGUCGCAUGCUCUCCAAUGGCCACAUUUGUGCUGGCAAUCAGAAUUUAAUCGAUGUUUGUAAGGGAGAUUCUGGCGGUCCCUUGGGUUUUAAGGAUAAUUAUGGUGGUCGCAUACGUUUCGUCAUGUACGGUGUGGUCAGUUUCGGAGUAGAUUUAUGCGGUUUGGGUGAUGCUCCCAAUGUCUACACUAAUGUUUCAAAUGUUAUGCAAUGGAUUUCCGAUAAUAUCACCAAAAAAAAAGUGAAAACCGAAAACAACAUGAUUAUAUUAUCAACGUUUGUACUCAUCAUAAGUCUGGUGUCCCAAAGUCUAUGUGAAUAUGGAUCAGAAUGCAAAACACCCAAUAUUGGUGAGGGAAUUUGUGUUCCCAUUAGAUCUUGCAAGCCGGCAUACGAUUAUUUCACUCGACUAACUCAAACUGGUGGCAAUAUAUCGGACAGUGAAAGGCUGCACAUCCAAAAUUUGCAUUGUGGAACAUUUAGAGGGGUCCACCACAUCUGUUGUGACCCAGCGGAGGUGCAAUUGAAUCCGGAUGGCUUAAGUGUCUUGCAAAAUCAGAAAUGCGGUAUUUACACCACAGAUAAAGUUACCAAUGGUUUUGAGGCUCGAUUGUCUGGAUUUCCAUGGAUGGCUUUAUUCAUAUACGAUGAUGAAAGCAAUCCCUACAAAUGUGCGGGAUCUUUAAUAAGUCAGCAACAUGUUUUAACGGCCGCCCAUUGUAUUAGAGGCAGAGAAUCAACGAUAAUAGCAAUUCGAUUGGGUGAACAUCGAAAAAGUACCACUCGCGACUGUUUUACCUUGAUGGAACAAGAGAAGUGCGCUCCUCCCGUGGAAGAUAUUGGAAUUGAGGAAUUCAUAUUACAUUCUAACUAUCGUGGUGUCUACAAUGAUAUUGCUUUAGUACGUCUGAAUCGCAAGGUGGAAUUUAAAGAACACAUUAAACCCAUUUGUCUUCCCAUCUAUGAUAACUUAAGGACGAAACUUUAUGAGCGUUAUAUUAUAUCCGGAUGGGGCGGAACCGAAACAGGGAAUUCAUCUGAUGUCCUAAGAAUUGCAGUGGUACCUCGUGUGGAGACAGCAUCGUGUCAAGUUCAAUUACAACCAUGGGGUCUACAGAACGAAUUAAAUGAACAGCAUAUAUGUGCCGGUGGAGAAAAUCUGGUCGAUUCUUGUAAAGGAGAUUCGGGUGGACCCAUGGGCUUUGGUGAUUUAUAUAAUGGCCGGCCACGUUUCAUACAAUAUGGCAUUGUUUCGGUUGGACUGCUCAAGUGUGGUGUUGAGAAUUUGCCUGGAAUUUAUAUGAAUGUUUCAAAUUACCUACAAUGGAUUACAGAUCAUAUAAGGGUUGAAUGACGAAUGGCAAAAAAUAAUAAUAAGCAUAUGUUACCAAACUAGAGAAAAAGAAAAAUAUUAAAUUUAGAGAAGAUAUAGUAAAAUAAUCAAAGCUUAAACGAA